CGCCAUGAGCCAGCAGCAGCAGCAGCGGGCGCCGCGGCCCCUGUACUUCCCGUCCCUCUACGACCGCGCCGCGCCCAGCGCCCCCCCGCUGGCGGACUGCGGCCUCUGGCGGAAGCUCUUCGUGCCCCUGCGGGGGGGCGCAGCCGGGACCCAGCGGCCCCCUCCCGGCCUGGGCCCGGCUCCUGCCGCCCGCGGCUGCCCGCGCCCCUGGCCGGCCGGGCUGGCGCCCAUCCCCUACGAGCCGCUGCGCUUCUUCUGUCCCGCGGCCGACAGCGGCGCCGCCGCGCGGGGCCCCGGGCAGCAGCCGCCGGACGGGGAGAUCUGCGAGCUGGGCAUCCGCCUCAAGGAGCUGGAGCUGCUGGCGCUGACCGGGGACGGCUCCGACCCGCAGCAGUAUAAGCUUUUGAAGACACUAAAAGAUGAAAAAGUUCAAGGCAUAAAGACAAGACAGAAUCUGAAAAAACAGACACCUACAUCAUCAUAAGGAUUAUUUCAGUUAGCUGUUCUGUCAUUAUGUUACCUCACAGCAUUGUAAUGGACUCUUCUGUGUGAUAUAUUAUUUUACUGAUUAUAUUCUAUUCAAUUAUGCAGCCAAGCUAGAAAUUUACAGUAUAUAUUCUCUGCUUGGCUUUUUGUACUUUAUUUAUCCAAUACUGAAUAUUUCAAAUACCCCAAAACGAUUAUUUUGUGUAUUAAUCUUUAUUCAAUAACUUGAAUAUUAAUAUGUUUGGUUUACCGUAAUAGCAGUGAGAAAAAGAAAGUGACAUCUUAUCUUGCUUAUGUUUCAGGAUGAGAGCUGAUGUUGAUCACCUGGUUACAGCUUUACAGAAUUGACGAGGUAUAUUACUGAAGACAAAGGGCAU